AUGUCUAUCAUUGGUGACCCUCACCCUGCAGCUUCGACUGCGACCUCGGACAUCAGCUCUGCCGGCCAGGAUAAGAUGGCCUACAUCAGUGAAGAAUUGGCUAGGGCUGAGACCAAAGCAGAAGGCGACUUGGUCGAUAUGGAGACUCAUGAAGUUUUCAAGAAGAGCGUCGAUGGCGUCGAGUUUCGAACUGUGAGCUGGCAGAAGGCCACGCUCAUAUUCAGCAAAAUUGAAUUUGCCAUGAGCAUCCUGGCCAUUCCAUCCGCCCUGGGGGCCCUGGGGGCCGUGGGAGGUGGACUGUCUAUUGUCGGAUGGACUACACUUAACACCUAUACCGGUGUUUUGCUAGGUGGUAUCCGCAACAGACAUCCAGAAUGUCACACACUCGCAGACAUGAUGGCCUUGGUUUGGGGCAAAUGGGGUCGUGAAUUCGUCAUCGUUCAACUUGUGAUUAUCCAAAUCUUGGUCUGUGCCUCGGGCAUAAUCUCGACUGGGACGGGCCUCAAUGCACUCUCCAACCAUUCCGCCUGUACGGUGGUCUUCAACUUUGCGUCCGCAGCGAUGAUCACCAUCUGUUCAUCUAUCCGCACUUUCUCCCGCCUGGGCUUGCUUACGUGGUUCGGAUUUGCGACGUUUUUCAUUUCUGUCUUCAUCUUUUCGGUCGCAGUUUCACAGCAAGACCGGCCAGCGGCAGCACCGCAAACAGGCCCCUUCGAUCUUGGAUUCGUGGCCGUUCGAAGUCCAGGGUUCAUUGUUGGAAUGCUCAUGACACUCAACAUCUUCGUCAGCACCAGUGGCCCUUUCAUGUAUCUUCCUGUCAUCGCGGAAAUGAAAAACCCCAAAGAUUUCAAAAAGGCAACGAUCCUAGCCGGUGUCAUUGUCGGCAUUAUCUAUUUUACCUUUUCAAUGGUCAUCUACGCCUACUGCGGUGUUUGGAUCGCAAGUCCCGCUUUCGGCAGCGCGGGGACGCUCUUCAAGAAGAUCUCUUAUGGCGUCGCAAUGCCUGGCCUCGUUAUUGGCGUCGGCCUCUACCAACACGUUGCGGCCAAGUAUCUCUUCGUCCGCAUCUUGCGGAACUCCAGGCACCUUCAAGCCAACACGCUGGUCCAUUGGGGGACGUGGCUGGGGGUCAAUCUCUGUCUAGGUACUCUCGGAUUCAUCGUCGCCGAAGCAGUCCCAGUGCUCAACUUUUUGCUUGGUCUUUCUGCGUCCCUCGGCUCUGCGUGUUUCAGUCUGAUCUACCCUAUUAUUCUCUGGGCGAAUGACUUCAGGGAAUAUCGAACUGGCACUCUGAAGCAAAAGGCCAACUAUGUAUUCAACGUGUCGAUUGCAAUUAUUGGGGUUUUUAUCCUGGUUGGUGGCACGUAUGCUGAUGCUAUCUCUAUCCGGGAUGCUUUCCGAUCUGGAUUUAUUUCGAAGGUUUUUGACUGUGCGGAUAACUCGGGUUCUGUUGCCACAGGCUGA